GGCCGGGCAGGUUGCGCUCUGCUGCUUCUUGGAAUGCGGCGAUGCCAUGGGCUUGGAGUUUGAAGAUGACUGCUCCUACUACCUCCGCCUCGACAUCACCACCCCGGUCCUCCACCUCGCCUCACUGCUCUACAUCGCCUUCGGCUACUCCAACCGUCACCUCGACGCCAUAGUUGUCGCUGCGCUGCUCCAGGCCGUCCUGGGUGGCUCUGCUGCUCACUUCUUCGUCGCGCAAUGCUCUCCUCUGGUCUUCCGCUUCCACGUCGCUUCUGCGCGCGUGGCUGAGAUGAUCCUCGCUCAAACCACUCUCCGCUUCCGCAAUUAUUCCUUCUCUUUCACUAGGAUCUGCCCUCCUUUCCGUCUCCACCGCGCUCUGGCGCUACAUGCAUGAUGCUUGCCCAGCUGCUCCAAAUCCCCGACGACCUGAGUCUCUAGUUCGAAGUUGUGGCUUGGUCACAGCUUCGUUCCCACGUUACCGCCCGUUCAUGCAGCCAGCCUCAUGGCUGCCGAAUGUACGCGCGUGUAAUCCAAUUUCCCUUCACUCUCAACGCCACGACCAUGGCCCUUGUCCUCGCUCACUUGUUUGGGGACUCCUACCUCCAAUUUGACGUCACUGACGACGGAGACUCCUACUUCUCCUUCA